AUGGAUUCGCUGAGGAAUUCAGUAUUGGGCCAGGCCCAUAAAAAGGAGAUUCGUGUCAGUGCGUCUAGUGUGAUUGAUCUAAAAGCAGAGCUUAUUUUCAAGCAAGAACAGUAUGAUAGAGACAAAAAACGACUUGGAGUCCACAGCUCAACCAAUUCCAUCUCCACCGCUAAUCUCACUCGACUAAAGAAUAUCCCGAAAAUCGUCAAGAAUAAAGGAGUGGCAGAUAGAGCUCAAAAGGAUGACGCACAGAUAUCUGAAGAGCAUCCGACUCUAGAAGCAAGCUGGGUUGCGCUUCAGCGGAAAACUAAACUAUACGAGCAGAAACAGCAGGAUUUGGAACCCAACGAUGAAGAAGGCUUGGUCGACUUUUUAGUCAAGAAUAUCCCAGAGAAUGAUGAUAUUCGUGUAGAUAAUCAAGAUGUAUCCGACCCCAAGUGGGUACAGGUUACGGAUGAGUUUGGCCGUACAAGAAUUGUAAGAAAAAAGGAAGCAGACCUGAUGGGAUUAGGACGAUUUGUCAAGGCAAGCAGCAGCCAGAAUGAAUCGAGUAAAUCAAAUCAUGCUUCUGGCGAUAAUCUGGAUGAGCACGAGCGACAGGAAUGGGAGAAUGCAUCCAACACAAACAUAGUAAAUAAGCAUUACGACACCACGCUAGAGCGACGCACAAUGGGUGUUGGAUUCUAUCACUUGUCCCAAGACGAAACUGCACGACAAAAACAGCUUUUGGAUCUUAAGAAUAUACGCAGUCAAACAGAAACAACUCGGCACACAUCACAAGCAUUGAAAGAGAAGCGCAAGAGUAGAACAGAUGAUCGGCGUGCAUUGCUGUUGGCACGAGCUGAAAAGAGGAAACGUGGCACUGGGAAUCUAGAAGCUUUUCAAGAGAGUAAAGAUGGCUCUAAUACAACAGAUGUGCAAAGCGGUCGUGCUGAUUUGAGUAAUACAGAUGAAUAUGGAGCUGAAGAUGUUGACAGCUUUCUUUGCUCUGUAAUAUCCAGUUAGGCAUAUUAAGUAUAAUCCUCAUAACAACCCAACUCUCACUAUGCAUAUAUUUAUAAUAAACUGAAUGACCCAC